GGAGAGGACGUUAUGAAAUGAUGAUAAAUUUAGGGGUUAUUUAAUGUUGUUUAAAGGUGUAAGUAGAUAUGUUCGUAUAAGAAGAACAUGUUUAUAUUCAGAAGGUAGCAGUGGCUCAUAUAGACGUGUAAUGAGUGAGUUAGCUCAGUGUUUGUAACAGAGACUAAACGCACCGUGUUAUUUGAUAUUAUUUAAGCUUUGAAACAUGAGGGCUGUGAGACAUUUAAUGCACAGUAAGUGGUUGUUAUGUCGUAGUAAUUCACCAAGUGUGAAUACGAGUGUUUCCUGCCAUGUUAGACAGUUCAGCACCUCCAACCGCUGCAUGACUAUAAUGCCUGCCUGGGUCAUUGAUAAAUAUGGGAGUAAUGAUGCAUUAAGGUUCACUAGAAAUGCCAGUUUUCCCAUCAUCCACUACCCCAAUGAGGUCAUUGUCAGAGUGUUUGCAGCAGCACUGAACCCCAUUGAUGUCAGCAUGAGAGGUGGCUACGGUUCUGCAACACUGUCCAUGAAGAGAGAUCCUCUGAAUAUCAAGCAGACGGGCAGCGAGUUCCCUCUCAUCCUGGGGAGGGACGUGUCGGGGGUCGUCAUGGAGCGCGGCCUGGACGUGAAGUACUUCAAUGAAGGAGACGAGGUGUGGGCAGCCAUCCCUCCAUGGAAGCAGGGCAGCUUGGCUGAGUUUGUUGUGCUGAGUGCCAAUGAGAUAUCUCACAAACCAAAGUCGCUGAGUCACACGGAGGCCGCAGCCAUUCCUUACGUGGCGACCACUGCCUGGUCGGCCCUCGUCAACACCGGGGGGCUCACGAAAGACAACUGCGCAAAGAAGCGGAUUCUGAUCCUCGGAGGAUCCGGGGGAGUGGGAACAUUCGCCAUACAGAUGCUGAAGGCGUGGGGGGCCCAUGUGACUGUUACGUGCUCCCAGAAUGCCGAGGACUUCGUAAAGGGGCUGGGGGCUGACCAUGUGGUGGACUACACUGCCGGACCUGUUGAGCAGCCUCUCAGUGCCUUGGAGAAAUUUGACCUGAUCCUGGAUAAUGUCGGGGGGGACACGGAACAAUGGGCACUGGGUCUGCUUAAGCCUUGGUGCGGCGCCAAGUAUGUCACCCUUGUGACACCCUUCCUCCAGAACACUGAUCUGCUGGGUAUUGCUGACGGCAUGCUGCAGACUGCUGCCACCAUGACCACUAAAGCCCUCAAGCACCUUGUUAAAGGAGUGCACUACCGCUGGGGAUUCUUUGCACCUAGUGGUCCAGCACUGGAUGAAAUAAGGGAAAUAGUAGAUGCAGGACAGAUCCACGCAGUGGUGGAGGAGACCUUCAGCUUCUCACAGGUUCCUAAGGCCUUUGAGAAGUUGGAGAAGGGUCACGCCCGAGGAAAGACUGUGGUCCAGAUCAACAAGGGGGAAGAGGACUUAUAGCACCGACUCUCAGGAAACUUUUCUGUAUUAUCAUGUGUAACAAAGUGUCUGUAAAAAAGUAAAAGGAGAUCAUUUGGAUGAAAGGUGUCAGCUUAAUUUAUCCACGUCUGUAGAGAAGGCACAUAAACAAGCUUCUGUUUCUCUUGUGUGUGGGUUGUACAGCUUCACUGUAUAUUAAGCUGCUUAAAAUGUACAUGAAAGCACUACAGCUGCUGUUGUAUGAUUUAAAAUGAUUGCCAUUUUUACAUUGGCUUGAAUAAAAGUCUCAAA